AUGUCUGCAACGUUUAAUUCAUCUUUGCCCCGCGCGCAUUGGCUCGCAGCCGGUGUCGCUGGAAUGGCAGUCAUCUUGAGCUUUCUGCUGGCGAGAUGGAUUUCAGGUACACUCAGGCCCAAGGAUUUCCCUCCCGGGCCACCUAUCAUCCCAGGUCUCGGCAAUUUGCACCAAAUGCCCAUUCAAAAGCCAUAUCUCAAGUUUCAUGAAUGGGCGAAGCAAUACGGCGACAUUGUCGGUAUCAAAACCGGUACCGGCAACUUAGUACUCCUUAACACUCCUAAGUUGGUUAAUGAGCUCUUCGACAAACGGGGGGCAAUAUGUUCAAAUCGACCCAUCAAUCAUAUUCUCACUAAGCAUGUUCUUCCUGGACCUGAAGAAAAGAGCAUUGCUAUCCUGCAAUAUGAUGAUUACUAUCGACGCUGGCGCAAAUCGUUCCAAUUCAUUCUGAGUACCACAGGCAUCAAGAGACUUCUGCCUCUUCUCGAGGCCGAGGCUUCCAGUCUAUGCAGGAAAUUUCUUGACGGCGACAAGGACUACGAGCAACGUGCACGCCAUUGGGCCCUGGCCGUGCCGUUGGUGGCUACUACUGGCGAGCGCUUGGAUGAUCUUCCAGCAGAUUACGGCGAAAAGGUCUGCCAUGCUCAAGACGAGCUACUGGAUUUGAUCCUGCCUGGUGCCGCACCUCCGGUCGACAUAUUCCCCAUUUUGAAAUAUGUGCCGGAGUUCUUAGCCAAAUGGAAAGGGCAUGCGCGAUACGUCAGAAAGUGCAUGGUUGACGACGCUAAUAACUACCUUAUUGGUGCGAAGAAGACUUAUGAUCAGAUCGUCAAGGACCCUGACUCGAUUGGUUUCGAUAGUCUGCUGCCAAAAAUCAUGAAAGAGCAGGCAGCUAGUGGAGGCAAGGAAAAGUUUACCGAUACUGAGUUGGCUUUCGUGGGACAGGCUGCAGUUGGAGCAGCUGUAGACACUACUUUGGCGACUUUCAAAAAUCUCAUGGUGGCCUUCGCCGCCUUUCCAGAAACUCUGGUCAAAGCACAACAGGAGAUGGACAGGAUGGCAGGCGAUGGACCACUGAAAAGCGAGAGGCUUGGAGAACUCAAAUACCUGAAGGCGUGUGUUUCUGAGGUUCUCCGGUGGCGACCAACCACGCCGCAGGGGCUUCCUCACGUGCUUACUAGAGACGAACGCGUCGGGGAGUAUUUCUUCCCAAAGAAUACCAUGUUCAUUGCGAACGCGUGGACGAUUCACAGAAACGAAGAGGAGUAUGAGCGACCAAAUGACUUCAUGCCGGAGCGUUUUAUUGACAACUCAUUCGGCUUGCGUCCCAAGUUCAAGGCCGAGGAUCUAGAGAACAGCGGACGCAGAGUUUUGUACGCCUUUGGCUCUGGGCGUCGUCAAUGUCCUGGAGAGCAGUUUGCAUUUACGUCAGUGCUGCUUGCUGCGGCCAAGAUUGUCUGGGCCUAUGAUAUUUCCCCUCCUCACGGCGGGCUCGAUGUGAGUAUCGACACAGGUUUCAAGGAUGGGACAGUGACUCAACCCAUUCAUCCUGAAGUUCUGUUCAGGCUACGGGAUGGGAAGAGGAGAGCCGGCGUGCUAGCUGAUGCAAACCGCACGGAGCAUGUCGCACGACAGCUGCUGGGUUAA